GAGAAGGGGCUCUUGCUGGUAUCCCUCCCCUGGGCCUCAGCUCAUCCCCAGUCAGUGGGGUGCUUUGCCCACCUGCCUCUGAGGCUGCUGCCUGCCCACUUCUGCAGCAGGCCUGGGUGGCAGGAGUUGGCCUGGCUCUGUGGUUGCCUUGGCACCAGGGCUUGGCCUGUGCUGCUGCCAGAGACCAGUUCCCUCAUAGGCUGCGAGCCCCCCCCCCCCUCCAUCUUGAUUGCAGCGGGAUCAGGGCAUGCCUGUCCACUUGCAGCCUGCAGGGUUCUGGUCCCCGUUCUUCUGUGAUGUUUGAGACCAUGGGAAUCGGACUUCUCUUGCUGGUUACGUGUGGCUCAUGUGAGGAUACGGCAGCUGAUGACAUAGGAGUGCACAUGAUGGGCCGCAUAUCUGAGCUCCUUUCCCCGGAGGAAUGUCAUGAGUUCUACACUCAGAUCACCGGCCCUGAGGAGAAUAUAGAGGAGGAGCUGGAGCGACUCUCCGAAGGGAAGAACCCAAUCCUCUCCCGCCACCGGCGAGACAUCGUCAGCACAGAACAGUGCAAAGAUGUCCUGACCCAGUGGCUCGAGGCAGAAGGAGAUGCAGUGUACUGGGACCGUCUCUCCCGAGCCCUCCGCCAGAUUGGGCGCCCUGACAUCUCCCAGGAGCUGGGCAAGAACUUGAACCAGGACAAGAACCUCGAGUUGAAGAGGAAUGUGGAAGAAUAUCACAAGGGGGUGGAACAUCUGACCUCCUCGCUCCUGCUGGAGGAGGAUGAGAAAUAUGGAGAGACGAACCAGCACAGCAGAGCUCGGCGAGCUGGUGGGAAAUCCCGCAGGGAGAGUGGAUUGAUGCAGGAAGGCUGGGAUGACAUCGACCUCAUCAUCGAAAGGAAACCACUCCCUCCGUACAACAGGAGCCUCUUUGAAUGGAUCAAUCCGGUGGCUUCUGGCUUCAUCGGAGGGUUUUUAAUCUCUUUUGUCCUCAUGGCUCUUGCUAUUUACUCCUUCCUCUGGACCCUGAACCGAGACACCCUGGAGAUUUCUCAUCAUAACCCAGGGCCCCGGCCUGAGCGUGCGGCUCAGAACCCCUUGUUCGAGUAUGACCUCAACUAUGCCUUGAUUUUAGAUGAAGACUUAAGGGGCAGUUUGGAUGGGGAUGCUUCCGACGACACCAGCUUUGAAGGGGAGCCGUAAUUUGAACCUGAAACUUUUCCAUCUACAGCCCCAUGGGGCGCAGCCAAUAAAAUGCUCCUGUUUAUGGAAUCGA